AAGUCAAACCUUAAAACUAUGAAAUAGCAGGGUUUAAUGGUUUUUCAAAUAAAUUAUAGCUCUUAUUAAAUACUAAAACCUAAAAACUAGUUUGUAAAUUAGAACCAUUUACAGUAGUUUAGUUUUUACAUCUAUCGGCACUCCAAGCACUAAUAACAUUAGUCCAUGACGCGGCCUUAAAGAUUCAACCCAUCUCAAAAACGCUCAAUGCGCCUAAAUAAGUAUUCGUUGUCACUUCAAAAACCCCUUAGCAAUGGAAAAAUUAUAUGAAAAGGAUAAAACCGUUAAAAGCACCACAAAGACUUCAUGGAAACCACUGUUAAGACAGAUGUUUGUAUGCAGUGGAGUAACAUUAAACAUAUUUAUUUAUGGAUUAUUUUUUGGUGCCCCGACAGUUUUUAUUCCGCAAAUACGGAAACAAGCAAAUUCAACUGCAGCCAUCAGCACGGAAACAAUGUCCUGGUUGUCUUCAAGCUCAGCCUACGGAUCUCUUCCAUUGGGUGUAAUUGUUCCCAUAAUUGCAGAGAGAUAUGGGAGAAAAGUACCAUACAUUAUUUUAUGGAUUAAUACAUUUGUAUGUGUUUUAUUGUUUUAUUUUAGUACAACUGUCACUGAACUUUUAAUAAGUGGGUUUUUACAAGGCAUGUUCCCCGCAGUACAAUUGACGGGCGCUGUCAUGGUACUCACUGAAUACACAUCUCCCAACUAUAGAGGCAUUUUUCUUACUUUUAAAAGUGCAACAUUUUUUUGGGGUAUAUGGAUUUCAAACGCCAUUGGAACAUUUUACCAUUGGAAAAAUAUCGGCAUAUUGAUAUUUAUUUGCUGCAUCUACAAUACGAGCUUAUUAUUUUGGCCCGAGUCACCUGUUUGGUUAGCCACUAAGGGACGUUUUGAAGAAUGUGCCAAAUGUCAUCGUUGGUUGAAGGGAGUCGACAAAGAUUCUGAGGAAGAACUCAAACAACUCAUAUAUUCGCAAAAAGAGAAUUUAAGACAAAAACAAGAACGUCAAUUAAAUAAACAAAAGCAUUGUGUUAUUAAACUUUAUAACUCAAUAGCGGAUAAAAAGUUUUAUAAGCCGUUAUUACUUUGUCUUCUUACAUCAUGCCUUUAUCACAAUUCAGGCAAACUGGCCUGUACAGUAUAUGCUAUAGAUAUUAUUAAAGCAAUUACUGUAAGUGAAUCAGCAGCAUAUGAAGGAAUGCUGGUGUUAGAUGGUGUUACAGUACUUGGAAUGUAUAUCGGCGUUUUUCUGAUUAAGUUUCUAAAACGGCGGACUUUGUUAUUAAGCACAGCUUCUAUAGGAGUAUUUUUUUUGUUUAUUCUAUCGAUCUAUUUGUAUUUAGUACAUUUUAAUGUUAUAUUAGAAAGCAAAUACUUAACCUUAUUCAUUUUGACUGGCUUUUCAGUAACAAUAAGUUGCGGUCCUAUGAUAAUGUGCGUGUGUUUGGCUAGCGAGUUCACACCAAUCAAACAUAGAAGUUUGUUCUUAGCUGUUUACGCAUUAUUAACUAAUGCUGUUAUGGGUAUUGUGUUAAAAACUUUUCCUUAUUUAUUUACAUACUUCAACUCACACGGAUCAUUUUUAUUCUGCGCUAUCGCAUCGUCAAUAAUUAUCAGUAUUAUUUACAAGGUGUUGCCAGAAACCAAAAAUAAAACAAUCCUAGAAAUAGAGAAAUGUUUCUCAGAUAAGAAACAUGUUUCAAAAGAAGAAGUUGAAUUGAUAGACUUAAAAGAAGAGUCUACUAAAAACAUAUUUCCAUCAGUACCUACCACAUGUUGAGUGGGUAAUGAUUUAGUUUUAAGAUUUAUGUUUGUACCUUCUAUAGUAACAUUUAAUUAAAUAAAAAAAAUGUUUUACUGGA